GACUCAUUUUGUAACUAAAAAUACGCGGUACUUCUAAGUUCACGGAAUAUUGGGCCAUCCUGUAUAUAGCUGCAAUCUGUUAUUGCCAGAAUUUGCAAUAAAAAUAUUGCUCGUUCGGAGGCUUUUUGUCUAAAGAAAUGCACCUACUUUUCUGCGCUAUUGUCGGAAUACUGUCAGCGCCAAAUCGUCGUCCUGCCUUCUGUUAAAAAACUCGUUAAUUAUAUUCUUUGAUACCAUAGCCGACGUCCAAACCAGUCCAAUCCGACACCUGCCCUCAACCUCGUCAGCUUCAACUUCCUCGGGCGUCGGCAGCGACAUCGUUACUGCCUCAACGACCACCAUGUCAACGUCGGUAUCCUCUUCACGUCCUACGAUUCGUGCCAGCGUCAACCAGUGUCUUAUUGGCGACCUGGUUCUGGUGGUCUGGGAUCCGAACCAUCAGAGUUUUCGUAUCGCGCAGGAGAACAGGCAUAUGUACUUCCUGAAUACUGAAUCGCUCGAUGCGCUGGGGUUAGCAGUCGUGGACGGGACGCCUAACAAGUCGUACUGCCUCGGAGUGGUGCUAGAUAGAGAGUACUGCCAUGCUAGGAAGUCUAAGAACCGAUACAGGUUGCCGAAAGGCACAAAGUUUUUCCGCUUGAAAGUCGGCCCCGCCUCAGUAGCGCAAUCUUCGUCUAAAGACAGCGUGACGCAGAGCCUCUACCAGCCGAGACCGCCGUCCAUGUCAGAGGCGUCACGCACCCUGUCUCAGUCCACCAUAUCGGAAAUCACAGAGUGCGCGCCGUUAUCGCUACCGCCAUCUCCCGACGCCAGGAAGUAUCCGGUGAUUCCCGAGAGAGACGAAUCGGACGGCGCUUCGAGGCGUAAGUCGAAGUCUACGAGUUCCGAGGGAGAUACGGAGGCCGCCAAGCAAAUGGACAUAGACAGCUGGAGCUCGGAAGGCAUCGAAGUCCACCGCGACACCCCAUUCGUCCUCCCUCAAAACGUCGAAGUGAUAUGCCCCGUCGAUACGGAUAAUCACUUCGCGGAGGACAGCGGCAUUGUGGAGAACAUAGAGGAGGCGGUGGCGCUGGAAGAAACCAUCGUCCCCGAGGAGGUCUUCGAGGAAGACGCCCACGAAGGACAACGGGACCCUCAGAACUACGAACACAACAUAGAUGAGCAGCAUGGCUAUGUAAGCACCACCUGGCUAGAGAUGAUGCUCAGUAGAGUGUUUAGCAAAAGUGAUUGAUGAUAAAUUGAGGUAAAUGACCAUAGAUAGAUAAAUGAAUUGUAGUGAGAUUAGAUAGAGGUAGGUAUUUGUACAAAAAUGUAAAUAUAUCUUUGUUUCUGCUUACUUGCCCCAUGCGUAUAUUUGUCCUUCGGAUAUACCGAAUAUUUAUUUUUUUAUAUGCUCCUUAUAAACUAAAUACUGAAUAAAAUAUCUCCUCCACAGCUACAGUAGCGGACAAAAGUUUGGAAACAUUCUUAGUAAUUUUUAAAAACGAUUUUUCUUUCUCAUAUAGUUUGCUUACAGUCUUGAAGAUACAAAUGACAAUUUGUGUUUGCUGUGGUAUUAUUAAUAUUUUAUGACCGAAAAUGAAAUGACAAAUGUAUGGAAAGAUAUUUUUAAUUAUAAAAUUAAAUACAAUAAUUCUACAAAAAGAUUUAAAAAAUACUGUUUAGCUAAUAUUUGCUAGCAUAGCCUUUAGCAUUCAACACUGCCUGACAUCUGCUGCUCAUAGAAGACACCAAUUUUUUACAGACGUCUGUUGGGAUAUUUUCCCAAAUAUUUUUUACGUAAUCAAAUAAAUUGUUUUUAAGUUGUUCUUGACAGUUGUCUUUUAAAAUGCUCCCAGAGAUGUUCUAUAGGGUUUAGCUCCGGGGAUUGCGAAGGCCAUGUAAGAACAUAAACGUUUUCUAGUCUUAACCAGUCCUUUACGCAUUUUGGGGUCAUUAUCUUGCUUGAUCCCUAUUAAAAAUAAUUUUUGAUGUCGUCCCCUUGUUCAUUUUUAAUCUUUGAAAAAUGUUAACAUUUCUGACACCACUUCUAAUUAAUUCAAUUAUUUUGUCUCUUAAAAUUCUUUUCCUUUUGCAAUUCUCACUGAUGUUAAUAUUUACCGCACGCAAAAUCAGAGUAUCGUAGAACGAAUGGUAAAUACGGCAAUACUUUUGUCAUUACAAAAACAGUGGUCUUUAUUUUCAGAGAAUUUGAAUAUUGAUAAGAUAAAUCUUGUAUUAGUAUGGGAGACAAAGGUAGACUUUAAUAUUUAUUAUUAUCUGUUCCUUCACAAUUUUAAUCUAAGCAUAUUAAAUAGUUCAUAAUAAUGUUAAUAUGUGUUUCCAAACUUUUGUCCGCUACUGUUUUGGUUUUAUCAAAUGUUUCAUUCAGCACCGUGCUUACGUUUUUCAAAAAAUUCCUACCUACUCAUUUUUUGCUAGCAAUUCACGUCGUAAUCGCUAGUUUUUUCCAUCUUCGUAGCUUUCAACGUACAUUUAUUAAAUUGUUUAUAAGGAGCAUCAUCGAUAGCAUGCCUUUGAUACGAGUGUUUCGAAAUUAUGAAGAAACUUAAUGUAGCAGGGAGGUUAGAGAAUUUUUCCUUGUUGUGAUAUAUUGACUGUUGAUACAUCACCUUCUGUCAGUUUCUUUUUUAUAAUCUAAGUAUACACGCGGGUCUGUUACCAGUUCGUUUAUUGAUAUUUUCACCUUAGAUUUAAGAUUACAAAACAAAAAAUCAAACAAUUAUUAAACUAUAUAUUAGUUGAAGUGAUAGAAGAUACCUGUUUUCUUUCAUUUCUAAGUUUUCAGUUUGUAAAAAUGUUCUAUUUUAUGGCCUUCGAUAUUUGUAGAUCAAAAAAUAUAUAAAAAACCAAAUGAAAUGGAUGAGGAAGAGAUAUACAUAUAUAGAUUUAUAGAUUUACAUAGGAGUUAAUUUUGAUAUUUCAUCCUAUUUAUUUCAGAAACUGCGUUCACAUUUCAAAGUUUCAUGAAUUGUAGACAAAUAGGCGAAUUAAAAUAGUAUAAGGAAGCUAUUUUUGAUUUAUUUGUGACAAAACUAUCGUUUGUGAUAUUCUUUUAUUUUUUGUUUGAUGGAAAUGACAUUUAAUUCAACCAAUCUUCUUUAACGUUAUGUAUAAGAUAGUGCCACAAUUUUUGUAUGUGUGUGUUUUUGUACAACCGUGCAAUAUGGUAAUUUCCUCCACAAAAUGGGGGAAAAUUGAGCCAACAUUUUGCGCGAGCGUUGAGUACGUCAUUACUAAAAUGGAAGCUAAUAAAUGAUUAUUUAUUUUGACUGUACGGUUCCUAAACAUGGAGCAAACGUUCAAAUGGUGAUUCUUUGGGCGAUUCGCGAUUUCGAGAAUAUGUUGCACUAUGACGGUUUUCGAAAAAUAUGCCAAAAAUCAAACAACCAUUUAUUUUUCUUAGUAAAAAAAAUUUAGCGUAAAUUUAUAUUGCUAAACUGAAUUUCGAAUUUUAGAUAUUCCUGUAAACGUUUUGUUUUACCCAAAUGAGAUGGUGGUGGUAAAAUCAUUUUAGCGUCAUUUAAAGGAACCAUUCCUACAUCAGGUUCCAAAGGAUAUACGAAGUGUCCGCUGAAUUUUACCGACUUCCGCAAAAACUUUACUUCUACUUCAUUGUUGGAACUUUCCAGAUUUAUCACUUUUCCAACAUAGAAUAAAUUAUCAUUUUUGGCACUAAAUGACACUAAUACAAAGUCGUUAGGUUUGGGAUUUCGAUCCAGUUCUUCAAAUGCUGAAGGAUCAGCCUCGGGAAUCCAGUCUGUUGAAUCCUGGUCAGAGUCGGUAAAAGAUAAACUUCCAUCUUCCUCAGACGAAGAUAUAUCAUUGAAAUCAACGUUCUUUUUUUUUGCAAAUAAAUUCCGGGUGGCAGCUUUUUGUUUGUCGUCCUUGUUUUUUCUUUUUAUUUUGUCUUUUUCAAUGUUUUUUUCAAACAUAUCUUUCUCAGGGGUAUCAGAGGGAAUGCAGCUGGUAAUUUUUCUACGCUGGCUAUUAGAAACCUUUCUCAUUCCUGCUUUUGGGUAUCCCUUAAAUAUUUCUGGCCUUAUAAACAAUUUCAAUUUUGAUGACUGAUCAUUAAGUGUAUCAUUGAAACUGUCUGAGCUACUUUAGAUGAUGUCUAUCGGUAACAGAGCUGCACAGGAAAUCGUCGUUUUAAACUUUUUUCUGGGAAACACCAUUAUUGGGUACAGUGUAUUACCAGUAGCACUUAUUGUGCAACAUGUUGUCAUCAAAACUCCUCGUUCUCCACUAGUACAUUGACUUACUUGUUUGAUACCUUUCGACGACAGAACUUUUUUUGGUUUUUGAACAGUUGUUGUUCCAGUUUCGUCUAGGUUAUAAAUCCGUGUACCAUCAGAAAACUUCUCAGACCGACUAUACGUUUUUUCAAGGUUGUCAAAAAAUAAAUUUACAUUAUGUUAAACGUAGUUGCUCUUGAAAGACUACAUCCUUCUGGUUGACGUAUGCUUAAUUCUUUUGCAUGUCUUUUUAAAAAACCCUGUAACCAGUCGAUACCAGCAGAUUUAUUCUUAUCCCAAGAUAACGUAAUGUUUUUUUUUUAUUAAUUUGGGCCAUCUCAUAUGCCAUAUCUUUUGUAGUUUUCCCAUAGCACAUUUUCGAACAUUUAAUAAUGUAAUUGACUAAAUCCUUCUCUUCCUCUUCAUUAAAAACCAGGCGAUGCUUAUAAUUGCUUUUCAUGGAAAGUCAUUGGGAUUAGCUUUAUUUUGUUCCUUUUUAACAUAAAAAAAAUUGUCUUAUUGUAGCCCAUUUGUAUAUUUAGGAAAAAAAUAUUAUUAUUAUACAGUAAAACUAAAGUUGUCUUUUGAGAGUUACAUUUAAAAAUUAGCUAAAAGGUCAAUUUACAAAUGCAUAUAACUGUCUUACCUUUAGGGAUUAUAGAUCACUCAAAAAAAAAUUAUCAAAACAAUACAUAAAAAAAAUCGACCUCGCCACGUACACCCCAUAAAAUCUAGAAGACGAUUGAUCCAGCGGCGCGAAAAAUGUAUAUUCAGGUCAUGCGCAUACAGAAUAGUAUAUUAUGCGACCGAUAGAUGGCUAUCGCGUAAACGACUGGAAAUAUAAAGAUGUCUCAUCGUUGCUCAUGUCUCAUAGUGGCCUACCCUACUCUACUGCUUUAGAACAAAAACACAGUAAUCUCGCUUAGCUUACAGGUUCGCUCAUAGAUGGCUCCGUGAGUAAGCGGUUAUGCAGUGUUGUCAAACUGACGGAACGUGUUUAGAAACUGCUACAUUUAUAUUGACCUGAAUGAAUUACAUUUUGUUUCUACUUUUUUUUGGAGGUUACAUUACAGUGUCAUACGAAAUAAGUAAACAGAUUGUCUUAACUGGACCACUUGCGGAGCCACAAGGUUUCAAUCGGCGAUAGAUCUGGACUACUCGAUAUCCAUUUUAAAGCUAAAAUAUUGUUUACUAACAUCCAAUCUUUUACUUUUUUAGCCAUAUGGCAAGCGGCACCAUCUUGUUGGAACAUACAUUCAAUAUUGUUUAAACGCAUUUGUUGAAUUUGGUGUAUUAAGUUAUUUUGAAGCACAUCAAUACAUAAUACCUUCGACAAAGUUUUAGUUCCCCACUACACUUGCUGACAUGGAUCCACAAAUCUUAACAGAAGCCGGAGACUUAACUUUUUUUUCAUUUUCAUUCUGAAACACAUCUUUAGUUCUUAUAACAUGAUUCCUACUAUCACCAAUGUAUACUUCAAAUCUGGCUUUAUCACUCCAAAUAAUGGAGUUCGGAGACAAUAAUUUGGGUUUUUUGGCCCACGCUAGUCUGUUUUGUUCUGCAUCUUUGUUGUAAGAGCUUCCCUUUUGCCUAGAAAUACUGAAUUAAAAACGAAUAAUAAAAAAAUACUUUAAGCCUACCUUGUGAGUUUUAAAUUCCAGUUUUUGGGCAGCUCUGUGACAAGUUACUCCUGAAAACUUUUUUGUGGUUGCGUGAUUUCAUAAUAUUUUCAAUUCGUUAUAAUUAGCACGCCGAUUUUCCAUGAUAAUGCGUUUUAAGGCUCUUAAGUUGGUACUGGAAUAACGCGGGCGUUUUCCAGUUCUGCGUUUUUGAGACACAGAUCCCGUUGUUUUGUACGAUUCCUGUUAGCGAUUUGGCAAGCAUUGUGCCCUUUUAAAUGUUAGUAUAUGAUCACUUUUCUUAUUUCGAGCCAUUUUCAAUUGUUAACAACACCAAUGCGUUGCAAGUUGAUUUAAACCUCAGAAAUCAGUUUCUUAGCAACGUAAAAUAUUAUCAUUCGUUCUACAAAGCCUACCUUUAUUUUAUCGAAGUGAAUAAACAGACCAUUCAACUUCAACUUUGUCAUCAUAUAUUUUGCUACACACACGUGAUUUUGCAGACAAUUUCGAAAUAAAAACGCGUCGGUUUUGUUAUCUUUCCAUAAACAGUUAUAGAAAACAUAAAUAUAUUUGAAAUAAAAGUUGAAUUUGCCCUCAAUUAAAUUCACAAAUAUCAUCUUUUGGGGCGUUCUGCCAACUUCACCGAGACACGACUUGUAUUAUUGAUUUGCAACUAGCGAGUAAAAGAUAUUUUGUUUGCCUUCUAUCUUCAAAAUUAGAUUUUUCAAAAAUCGUCCUAGGUCAAAAUAGUCUCAAAAUAGCCCAAAGAAUUACAGCUUGAAUGCUUGUCCGAGGUCAGAAAACUGAAAUAUGAGGCCAAUUCUUUGAAACGAGGGAGCAUGAUACCUAAGGUGGGGAUAGUUUUGUUACUCUUCUGACACCUUUUGACGUUUAUUAAAUAAAUUUGCGAAUCACAAAAUCGUCCUUAGAGAUGAGAGAUGGACGAUGGCGAGCCUCCCACACUUUUUCUUCUGCUAAAUGUUGCAAAAUGCAGUUCCACGAAGCUUAACAGAACCGUACCUACCUUGUAUUCUUUUCCCUUCCUUUCAAGAAUUUACCUCCAGUUUAGUUUCGAACCAUCGUGCUGGUGUGCUAUAAAAAUCCACCUAUUCGACUUCAUUGCUAAUAUUAAGUUUUAUCCGUGUGAUUUGUGCCUUAUCUAAAUGCUGUAGAAAUGUGUGCAAGACUGAAUUGACUGGAUUUGAUGUUGGAAAACUGCUAAAGACGUUUGGUUGGAUUAUAUUCACCUUGUAUAUUAUAAGUUAGUGUCAUGGUAUAAAGUGUAUGAAUCGUUUGCGUAAGUUGGUAUAUGAAAAAAAAAGAAAACAUAAAAAUUGAGUAAUUAGGUGAAUUUGAAUUAUGGUUUUAUAAUAUAUGAAACACCAUACGAAGUCGUGUUUUGUUCCAUAUGUAUUCGUGUAAAGAAUUUAAUUUAAUUUAGCAAAUUGUGAGAUAUUUGCGACAUUUUUUAUAACAAGCCAAGUGCAAU